AUGGCGAUCUGUACUUAUAACGCACGUACGCUUGCAUCGGAAACGGCCAUCGAAGAUCUGAUGAUGCAAACCAAGAAGAUCAAGUACGACGUCAUCGGACUGACCGAGACGAGACGACGUCACCCUCUCAACGCCGUAUAUGAAACUGUAGAAGAACUGUUCUCAGGAACAUGUGACAGUAGAGGUGUUGGUGGAGUUGGCGUCCUCGUCAACACGAGAACGGCAAAGAACAUCGACUCUUUCGAACAACUUACAACUCGAAUAGGACGUCUGCGGAUGAGAAGAUGUGGUUCAACACCAGUUUUGACUAUCUUCGUCGCUUACGCUCCAACAUCAAGCUACGAAGAAGAAGAAGUCGAAGCUUUCUAUAUGGACCUGGAGAAGUUCUACCGAGAAGAUCAAGCCUUCUACAAGGUCGGCCUACAAUGGAAUGACCAGGGGGAGAGGCUCUCCAAGUUCAUCAUGACGAUUAAGACCAUCCAUGGGAACUCGCAAUUCGAGAAGCCCUCCUCUCUACGCUGGACGUGGGAGUCACCCAGUGGAGGGUACCGCAAUGAAAUAGACCACAUCAUCGUCAAUAAAAGGUUCUGCCUGACGGACGUCGCUGUCGUACCAAAGUUCUAUAGGGGAUCGGACCAUCGCCUCCUCCGAGGAAAAUUUUUGUUCACAAUGAGAGCAGAGAAAGCCGCCAAGUUCAGAGAGAGAAAUCCCAGGACUAUCAUCAACUGGGAUCUCUUCGCUACGCUAGCCGGCUUUUGGGAGGAUUCCGCAAUGGACAACAUCGACGAAGAAUAG